AUGGGCCAAUCUGCCGAAAGUGUGACUUAUGACCUGUUUUGGAGAUAUCCGGGGUCCUGUGUUAGUAGUACAAAAUCUUCAAUAGCAGUUGUCAAUACAUUUUUGCAAAAAAUUAACCAAAAUCUAUCAACUAAACUUUCUGGAUCUCAUACAAAAGAUAAGCGAAAAAGACCUCUUGAGAAAAUUACUUCUCAAUCACAGCAAAAUAAAAGAUUUAAAAGUUUUGGAAAAGAUGUGCAUAAAGCAGUUGAUGAAUUGAUCAUUAAGCAUAAGUUGAUAAAUGUAUCUGGAGAAUCAAUUAUACAUUUACAGCAAAUUGGAUUUAAUUACAAAAAGAAUUAA